CCCCAGGGUUCACAUCUCCAUGCCGUUAAUCGCCUACUUGUCUACUUCGCGCACUUUAAUCCGAAACGUCGCGCUUUCCACCAGUUCUCAAUUAGAGCCUCACUAAAAAUAAGGACAGCCAUGCCGAUCCCGCCCUGUAGUAGUGUUAAGAUGCCUGGUUAGAGCCUUAGACGCCGUUCUUUGUGUUGGAACCAACAAUCACAGGGGUUAGAACCAACAAUCACACCUGCUCAAGAGUCAGCGCUUCCUCAUAAUUCCAAAGGCCAGCUCAUGAUGAUCCAUCUCAAAACCAAUUUGCCAAUUCAGCAGUCGAAGCACGAAGAUAAAAUCAACUGACAAGAUUGUCGGAGUGCCGACAAUGUUGGAGAGGUGUGCUAGACGGUCGAAAAUGCUUUACAUUGCCCCACUCUCUCAAGUCCGGCGCUGGAAUACAGCUCUUGUAUACGCCACUGCUGUUUUCAUGAUAUGGCUAUUCCUGCACUGCUCAAAUUCCAUGAGAAACCUGAAUCAUGAGAACCUCCAACCGAGCGUCCACCUCGUUCUCUCAACACUAUCGUCCAACGAUUACUCCUGGACAGAGAAUCUUGGCAUUCACGAUUACCAAGUAAUUCCGUACAUGGCGGACGACCAACACGCCAAGUAUCAUACUCCUGCCAACCAAGGCAACGAAGCAAUGGGAUACCUCACUUAUAUGCAUGACUUCUACGACGAACUCCCAGACAUAUCCAUCUUCCUUCAUGGCCAAGACUGGGCAUGGCACGUCGAUGGGGUUCUUCAAUACAGGACUUCCGAAACCCUCAAUCGACUCGAUCUCACAGAAGUCCUCCGUCGCAAAUACAUGAGCUUGCGCGUCAGCUGGUACAACGCCUGUCCGAACUGGAUUAACACAUCCAUCACAGUCGACUCGCCGGACUAUUUGAGGGAUAUCAAAGGCGAAGAACCAUUCAUGAAGGACGCCUUCCAAUCACUCUUCCCUGGUGAUCCGCUCCCUGAGAUCCUUGCUGCACCGUGCUGUUCACAAUUUGCCGUUACACGAGAAACAGUUCGCGCCGUCCCCCGAGAACGCUACCAAAACGCCAUGUCCUGGCUUCAGAACGGAACCUUAUCCAGCUCGAUAUCAGGCCGAAUCUGGGAACAUUUAUGGCAGUGGCUGUUUCUGAAGAAGGCGGUCGAUUGUCCAUCUGAGCACACGACGCUGUGUCGGAAUUAUCAUAUUUGUUUUGACUCGAGUGACGAUUGGGAGGUGUGGAAAACGAUGGAGAAGAGGAGGUAUGACCUUGAGGAAUUGAGAAAAACGUUGCCGAAUGGGGAGAUGUCAGAGAGAAAUGAACAGGUUAUCAGCUUGGAGAAGAAGGUUCAGGAUCUGGAGAGGAAGCUUGGACCAUUGAGGGAGAAAGCCAUUUUGACAGGGGAGAAUAAGGCGAGGAGGAAGAAAAUCGCUGGGGGAUGAGAAAAUAAUUUAUUUUACGACGUGUAUAUUGUUUCAGUAUAAGAUGUAUAGACGUAAAUGUGUUUUGGCAAGAUCCCGAUAUGAGGAAAGCCAUGAUAUGGUCUGUUUACGACAUGUUAGUAACAACCUGGAAGGGGUGAAGCUAAUAGGAAUCGCCGCCAGAUCAAAUUCCACAACCAUCUCCCCCUCAUAUUCACAUAAGUCGUUGCUGGUGUACAUCAACAUCCUACCCUGGAUAGGGGGUUUAUGCAAUUCGAUUGACUCUCGUGUCAUUCCUCUUUCGGUUACCGGCAUGUGUCCACCCCCUU